AUGCUCGCCUCCGCCAGGGCUUCCCUCGCCACUACGCCGCUGGACGGGGAGCCGAAGAGCCGCUUCCUGGCAACCUCGAAGCCGCACCGACUCGGCGCUUUUUCCUCGCGCAGCCGCCGGCCCAGCCGUCUGCCAGUGGGAAACAGACCUCAGGAUACUUGUGCUAACUGGACACAUACUGUGCGGAAAGACAACAUAUCGCUGAAGAUGCUGAAGUUCAUGAAAUGCAGGUUGAUGGGCGUGCUGGUGAUCCUAGCGGCAUCUCGGGCGGUUUUCGGCCUUAGCAUGGAGAGGAAUGCGCGCCCGCACGCCGCGCCACCCGUCAGCUGCACCGAUGCUCGACCCGUUUCGGUAAGUGGCCCCGCCACAGCAGACCGCCCCCCCCCUAGGGCCAGGGCUGCUGGGGCGCGCGGGCGAGGCCGUGCAGGGCGCCGUGGAGGGCGUGCACAGCGCCGUGCAGGACCUCGGCAAGACACUGAACGACGGCGCGGAGCAGGUGGGCAAGAUGGUGGAGCAGGGCGCCGCCUCCUUCGACAGCGCCUUCAAGGAGCGCCUGGCCAGGUACACGCCGGCAUGGAGGAGGCGGGGAAGGUCGCCGGCAUCGUGAGCGAGGACCUCGCCGACUCCGUGUCCGCGCUCGUGUCCAACCACCUCUCUGCCGACGACGCCGACGAGGACCUCAUGAUGAAGCGCGAGGGCAUCGUGGACGGCUUCCUGCGCAUGGUGGGCAUCGAGCCCUCGCGGGUCGGCCUCAUGGCGCUCAACGUGCUCAUCUUCCUGGCGGAGAUGAUCACGUCGACCCUCAUCGGCGAGGACCUGAACGCCAUCCCGGACACGCGCAGCCACGACGGCGCCUCGCCCCUCGCCUGGCUCCUCUCCGGAAACCCCUUCCAGGUGGACGCGAUGCUCAGGGAGGCUCAGGACCCAGGUCUUCCCAGGACCAUCAUCGAGAAGCUGCAGCGGGCCACCGGGGAGAAGACGGCGUGCGUGCAGCUGCUCGUGUGCAAGAUGUCGCCUGUGGUCUGGGGGAUCCAGAGGUCGGUCAAGGAGGCCGUUCAGCCGCGCCACCUCGACCCAGACGCUCCGGAGAGGGGCGUCUUCCAGAUGCUGUACGACUCCCUCCCUGAGCUGGACGCCUUCGUGAACUUCUCCGAGUCGUGCGAGCAUCAGUUCCCGUCUUGUCCACUGCUGAGCCUCUCCGACCUCAGGCUUUAGAGGGAGAGCGGGGAGAGGGAGGAAGGG